AUGAAGGCAGAGCAGAUACUUGUCUGCUCACCGCAGCCGGCUUUAGCAAUCAUGUAUUUCAUGUGGAUUCAUUGUGUCCUGACAGCUUUAGAAGGACAUGGAGGCGUGAAUCAGCUGGGGGGUGUUUUUGUGAACGGCCGCCCCCUCCCAGAUGUCGUUCGCCAAAGGAUCGUGGAGCUCGCCCACCAAGGGGUCCGGCCGUGUGACAUCUCCCGGCAGCUGCGCGUCAGCCAUGGCUGCGUCAGCAAAAUACUUGGCAGGUAUUACGAAACUGGGAGUAUUAAGCCUGGAGUGAUUGGAGGAUCAAAACCAAAGGUCGCCACACCCAAAGUCGUUGAAAAAAUUGCAGAGUACAAACGCCAAAAUCCCACCAUGUUUGCCUGGGAGAUCAGGGAUAGACUCCUUGCUGAGCGAGUAUGUGACAACGACACCGUGCCCAGCGUCAGUUCAAUUAACAGGAUCAUACGGACGAAGGUGCAGCAGCCACCCAAUCAGCAGGUCCCAGCCUCCAGUCACAGCAUAGCCUCCACAGGGUCUGUGACCCAGGUGUCUUCCGUCAGCACCGAUUCCGCUGGCUCGUCCUACUCCAUCAGCGGGAUCCUGGGAAUCGCCUCCCCCGGCACUGAGAGCAACAAGCGCAAGCGGGAUGAAGGUAUUCAGGAAUCUCCAGUACCAAAUGGCCAUUCUCUCCCAGGCAGAGAUUUUCUUCGGAAACAGAUGCGAGGAGACCUUUUCACCCAGCAGCAGCUAGAAGUGUUGGAUCGAGUCUUCGAGAGGCAACAUUAUUCCGACAUUUUCACAACAACUGAGCCCAUCAAACCAGAGCAGGCAACUGAAUACUCAGCCAUGGCAUCGUUAGCUGGUGGAUUAGAUGACAUGAAGGCCAAUAUAACCAGCCCUACUUCUGCAGAUUUGGGAGCGAGCGUUCCCGGGCCUCAGUCAUAUCCUAUUGUCACAGGUCGCGAGCUGGCAAGCACAACCCUCCCAGGAUACCCUCCGCACGUCCCCCCUGCCGGACAGGGCAGCUACUCUGCUCCGGCACUGACAGGAAUGGUGCCUGGGAGUGAGUUUUCUGGGAGCCCAUACAGCCACCCACAAUAUUCAACGUACAAUGACUCCUGGAGGUUUCCCAACCCUGGACUCCUGGGCUCCCCGUACUACUACAGUGCUGCAGCCCGUGGGGCAGCCCCGCCAGCAGCUGCCGCUGCCUACGACCGCCACUGA